CAACGAUAUAACUGGCCGAUCAUCGACUGGUGGCCUGACAUCCAUGUCUUCGCCAUAUUCACACUGUGAACAAUCAUCCCAUGUCUUAAGUCAACUGUCACCCACCAAAUCGGUUAACAGUUUAGGCCAACACAGUACUGAUGCUUCAACACCUACCAGUGUUUACAAUAUGUAUUCGGACACUGGCGACAGUGCCGGUGCCUCACUUGACUGGCCAUACCAUAGAGAUCAGGACAUGUGCUACGCCGGCGAACAACAAGACGGAGGUCUUUAUGGCCACCAAAAUAUGAGUGUCGCCGCCGAAUUGGCUAUGAGUGCACCUCACGGACACCAUAUGAACAUCAAACUGGGCGCCAAUCAUCAUAUAAUGGGAAAGGGUGUCGGUCGAGGCGGAGGAACGGCUAAUCAAAUGGCAAUCGAGCAACGGAUCCGACGGCCGAUGAAUGCAUUCAUGGUUUGGGCGAAAGCUGAACGCAAACGACUGGCCGAUGAAAAUCCAGACCUACAUAACGCUGAUCUCAGCAAAAUGCUAGGCAAAAAAUGGAAAAACCUGACGCCUCAAGAAAGGCGGCCAUAUGUGGAGGAAGCCGAACGGCUACGUGUCCAACACAUGCAAGACUAUCCUAAUUAUAAGUACCGACCCCGUCGUCGAAAGCACGGCAAACGUAGUGGCCGCGGCGGCGGUCGCGGUGCUGUCCACUGCGACGGUCUGACAAUGAGCGACAAUAUCGGACUGAUGGCAAUCUAUGGAUCGCAAUCAGGAGGUCCGGCAUCCGGUGCCCAUAUGGUGGACAACAACAAUCCGGACAACGCCUCACUAAGCUCUCCCUCUCUAGAGUACUGUGGCGUACAGACUCCUGAAUCGUCACCACACGGAAGUCCAUUCAAUCAAAGUAUUGGUGAGCCUAUGAUGCGAAACAACCGAAUGAUGGAUACAUUUGGCUGCUCUAACAACAACCACAACACUGUUAUGUAUACAAGAGACGAGUGCAGUCUAUCGCUGGCCAAAGGCGUGUCAUCGAUCGGUGGGGAAUUGCACCAGGAGUUUGGAAAUAUGCCACAAAACAACACUAGUAGUAGUAAUACACAACAACUAACUGAGUCUAUACGAUCGCUUCCCACACCUGAGAUGUCACCGGUUGAAUCUAACGAUAAAGACUCGCAGCAACAAAAUCAUCAGCAGAUUCACUAUCAUAACCAUAAUAUGCAUAACACACCCUCACAACAACAACAACAACAACACCACCACCAACAACAACAACAAAUGCUUUCAUAUCAGUCAAAUAUAUCGCGACCGUUGUCUAUACAGACAACUGAAUCGACUAAUCAAUCGCAAGCCAUGUAUAAUCAACAAAUGGUUGCCCACAAGUCUGGACCUAUGUUCAGAAGUGGUGCACCAGAGAAUCCUGUAAGUCAAUUGAUCUCGCAGUUCGGUACAGACAGGUCAUCGUUUUUGCGUAAUGUGUGUCCACCAUAUCGGUACCGAAUGCCAGCCCAUCAUCAGCAACAUCAGACUGGCGGCAGCGAUGGCCUAAAUGAGACAUCGCCUGAUGUUUAUACUUCGAGAUCUAUGCUUCAGCACCAGUUAGAACAGCCCAGUGGCCAGUCUCGUGCCAUACUGUCGAGCAAUUGGUCACAACAAUCGCAGCACAUUCACAACUAUAUGCGCGAUGGCCGACACUAUAUGUACGAAAUGGACACAAACUCUGAGCUUAAACCAAACGCCGAUAUGAUUGGCAUCGAGAACAACCACUCGGUGGACAGUCAUCAUCACAACAACAAUUAUAAUAGCUAUUACAUGUCAGGCCCGAUGGCAUCGGCCGCCCAUCACAAUGAUAGCCUAUUAUUUGAUAGUCUAUCGCAAAAUCACGAUUUGGAUCAUUUAAUUAAUAAUAAUAAUAAUAGCCAUCACUCAUCCGAAGCCAACCCACAACAGGGAGUCCAUAGCGAGAGUCAGACCAACAAACUGAAUGACUGUCAUCCGCAACAUAUUAACCAUUCCUGUGAUAAUAAAUUUAGUUCCGAAUUGAUUGCAGCCUUAGCCGAGACCAGAGAAAUAUUGUAA